AUGCAUGCGUCCACUGUCCUCGCCCUCCUCACAGCCUCUGCUGUCCAACUCGUCGCCGCGGGUGGUUUCGCGUCGACAUGCAGUGACAUGACCUACUCGGGUACCACGUUCACCGCGCAGUGCAAGAACAACUUUGUUGAUCCCUACUCCGAGAAGGCCCCCAUCGACUUGUCAAAGUGUCUUGCCAAUGUUGGGGGCAAGGUUGUCUGCCGUCCUAAGAGGUAA